CAUGUACAGUGAAAAGAUUGUCUUCCAUACUGUUCAUACAGAUCAAAUCAUUACAGAGCAUUAAGCUAGAAUAAGGAAUAACCAUCCAGAAGAAAGUGUAAAAGGUACCAAAAAAGUGCAGGGAUGGUAAAUGAUAAAGUGCAUAAUUAUAACGAGGUGGAUUGUGAGAUCAAGUGUCCAUCUUAUUGUACAAGAGGUCUGUACAACAGUCUGGUAACAGUGGAUAGAAGCUGUCCUUGAGCCUGUUAGUACGGGCUUUCAUGUUGUUGUAUCUCCUUCCUGAUGGAGAUGGGGUAAGAGAGAACGUCUGGGGUGGAUAGGGUCACUGAUUAUGCUGGCGAGAAGUGUAGGCAGAAUCCUUAGAAUAGGCUGGUUCCCGUGAUGCGCUGAGCUGCGUCCGCAACUUCCUCCAGCUUUCCGCCGUCACGUGCAGAGCAGUUUCCGUACCAGGCUGUGAUGCAUCAAUUCAGAACGCUUUCUGUGGUGCAUCGAUAAAAAUUGGUUGCCGGGGACACGCUGAAUUUCUUUAGCCUCCUGAGGAAGUUGGAGCGGACUGGGGCUAAGCUCAAUUAGUUUGGCGCAAGGGUCUGUUCUGCCCCGUUCUAGGUACACUCUAUCCCAAGUUACGUGCAAUCUGUGUUGAUUUGCAUUUACUAACUUAAGUUUAUAUCUAUCUGAGUUUGCCUUUUUUCCAGUGCAUUGUGCUGUUGAGGCAAAAAGCAAAUUUUUCAGUAAGUUUCCACAACUGGAAUGGGCACCCAUUGCAAUAAACUUGAACUUGAUCUAUUUCUCAAGCAUAGUUACACACACACAAAUGCUAGAGAAACUCCUCAAAUCAGGCUGCAUCUACAGAGGGAAAUCAAGAAGCGAUGUUUCAGGCCGAGAGCUUUCAUUAGAUUUAUUUCUCUCCAUACAUGCUGCCUGACCUGGUGAGUUCUUUCACCAUUUUGUGUGUGUUACUCUGGAUUUCAAAGUUGAGAGUAAACGUAUUAUUAUUAAAGUACAUAUAUGUCACCAUUUACAACCCGAGAUUCGUUUUCUUGUGGACAUACUCAAUAAAUCCAAUAACAGUAAUAGAAUCAAUGAAAGAUUACACCCAACAGGGCGGACAGCCAGUAUGCAAAAGACAAGAAACUAUGCAAAUAAAAAAUUGAUAUUACAUAAAUAAGCAAUAAAUAUUGAGAACAGAAGAUGAAGAGUUGAGUCCAUAGAUUGUGGGAACAAUUAAGUGACUCGGCAAGAGAAGCUGAGUGAAGUUAUCUUCACUGGUUCAAGAGCCUGAUAGUUGGUCAACUCUUGGAUGUGAUUAAGAAGUUUGUUAAUACUUCAGCUGAAUGAAAUAUCACUAGCCGUAAACUGUCAUCAUUAUGAACGAACGACGCUGUAGAAAACAAUGAGUAUGUGUCUGACUCCUCUUCGAGCUGUUCCAAAGGACAUCCGACCUCUUUGUACUUUUGUCCAGGCGGAACCUUCGCAGCGGGUCCGCGCCGCCGCCGGAAGAGAACGCCGUCUGGGAUAUCCCGGCGUUCUCCGCGCAGCGCCGUCCUUUUCCGGUAGCGGGGCUGACUGUAGUGUCGCCGACGGGAGGUCAUUUGAGCCAUGGCCAAGUCCAAGAAUCACACCAAUCACAAUCAGUGUUGAUCCCAAGUUCCUUAGGAAUAUGCGGUUUGCCAAAAAGCACAACAAAAGAGGACACAAGAAAGUAGAGGGCAAAAAAUAAAUUGGGAAUCACUGAGAACAGGAGCAGCCAUUCACAAGCCAACAUCUGCGCCCCUUAGACGGCAGCCAAGUGAAAUGUGUAUUUUGAAUUGUUCAUUUUUAAUAAAAUCUGUCAAGAACUCAAGUUUCUUUGCCUUUUCACUAAGAUCUUUCCGAAGGUCCUUAGCGCGAUGAAAAUUAAUUCACUUGUGACAUUUGCCCCCUUGAUCUAGGGAGCUCAUCUUCAAGGUUUGCAUGCAUUUACUAUAAUUUAAUGUCGGGGUGUAUUAAUUCUCCCAUCUUCAAGGCUGUAUGGAUAUGAAAAGAGAGUCCAAUGCAAAGUCACUCUUGUGUUCCUGGUCGAACAUCUUUCAAGUGCUUUGGUGAAGGACAACGAUGGGAAUUGUUAAAACAAGCCAAAAUCAGGAUUUUUGUUUCUGUUUGAGUUGGCUUACGACUUGAUUUGAUAUUGAAGCAUGUGUGUUGACUAAUGACAAUGUGGCAAUAUUUAAUGGUUAUUCCUUAAAGGUUCUUUUAAAGAAAUUAUUAUGCAGAGAAACCUAUGUUACAAAUUUGCAGAGGAUUGAAAGCUGGAUUGCUUCUAGUUUUAGCAACUUGUGCACACUAUCUAGGUGUUUGUUAAUUCAAGUUUUUAAUGGCUCUGAAAAUUUGUGGCUAGUAUUUCAUAAUUGAUUGGGGGAAUCUGAAUUUUGGCCAAUUAAAUUUUUUAAUAUUCUUGGUACAAGGAGCACUAAGGUUUUUGUGUAUUAAACAGAAUGUAACUUGCUACUGAAGGAUAAGAUGCAGAUUUUUAGUGAUUUAUUUGUUGGUGAUCUGAUGGGAUAUGGCUUAAUUAAAAUAAAUAAUAGUGUACGGUG